CGCCUCUCUUUGGCGCACACGAGUGCACGCGCGCACAAGCACACGCACGCACAACAGAAGGAUGUCAAAGGAGUGGAGAAGGUUCUGAGCUAUGACUGAUUAUUAGUGAUGUGGUUUUGUAGUUAACAAUGUUUUACCUCUUAUCUGUAUCAUAAUAGUUAAUUAGAAAAAAAAAUACAGUUAGGGCUUUAUAUGACGUCAGUGGUAAGACGGUGGUGCUCAAGUUAGACGUCAAGUUUAAAAUACCUGAAUCGACGCAUGGCGUCUUUUGUCGAGAAAGAUUCAUGAAACUGUGAAGAAAGAAUCACACAGUUUUACUCUGGAAUUCAGAUUUCCUUAAAGUUGGCUAGAGUAAACGUUUUAAUAUAAGAAACGACGCUGCGAAUCCUUACCACCAAGCCACCUAAACGCCUUAUAAUGAUGUAUCGUGCUUUUUGGGAUACAAUAUUCCUUCUCACCGGAUCCCUUUUUACAUAUGGGCAGGUGCAAGAGAAUUCUACCUCAACAACAACCAUUGCAACCACCACCACAACAACUACCACCACGACCACGACCACCACCAGCAGCACGACCACAACCACUACUACUUCACGUGUCAAAAAAUUUAUAGCAGCCGCUGUCCACUCUCACUUCGAUGACUGCCCUGACUCCCAUAACCACUUCUGUUUUCAUGGCACAUGUCGCUUUCUCAUACUGGAGGAAACACCUGCAUGCAUAUGUCAUCCUGGCUUUGUGGGCAUGCGAUGUGAACAUGCAGACCUCUUGGCAGUGGUGGCAUCUAACCACAGGCAACAGACUGUGGCCACCAUGCUGGUGUUGUGUGUGGUGGGCAGUGUUCUACUCAUGCUGCUGUGCACUCUACUAAAUUGUUGGUGGAGACGGGGUGGUUGUGGGCGAGGUAACACCAUUUCGUGUUGGUCAGAGAAGCCUAGGAGUAUUCUGACGGGUGGGACAUCCUGCUGUCACUCAGAAACAGUGGUUUGACAUGAGUUUUCUGGAGCUCAUGCAGGUGCUCUCUUAAAAAUGAGACUAAAAAAUAUUUCAUCUUACUCCUGGACUUCACUAUGACUGCGUUUCUCAAACUACAGAGAGUUGAGAGACAACUGAGAGCAUUUCGAUGUGGACAGUGGGAGAACCCAAACAUGGAACUUUACAUUCAGACUGACUGAGUCAUUCCUAAAAGGAUAUGGAUUCUGGAACAACAACAGCAAUGACAAGAGUUCAAGAUGGAACUCAAAAACUGAGAAACUCUGAAAGAAGAACUCAGAACAAACUACAUGGAACUUAGCUACAGCAUCCAGUGAUGUAGACACAUGGCCAUUUGGAAUAAGGUACGGAUCUAUGGCCCAAAAAAAAAAAAAACUUUGAGAGAGGUUAUAGAAAAAUCAUUCUUACUAACAGAGCUUAUCUUAAAGCUAUAAUUACCUUUAUAGAUGUAUAAGACAACAUUUUCCCAGUUUUUGUCUUUUAAAAUACUGUAAUCAUAAAAAAACACUGAUAAUAUGCUAUUAAUGAGAUGUGAAGCUCACUAAAAAGUACUUUAAGAUAUACUUUUUAACAAGGAUAUAAUAUCACAUUAUUUUCUGAAUCACAUUAUGGAUAAAGAAUGGGAGAUUACUUAACAUUAACGAGUAGCAUGUAAUAUUAAAACUACAACAGACUCUUUUGCCAAUUUAUUUGAGCUUGAUCUCCUUAUAAUGUUGAUUAAAAAUUGUAAACAACUUUUCAUAGAUUAACAGCAAACAUGAGACACUAUAGCCGGCUCUGAGGGACAAAUAAUUUAUUUUACAUUUAUAAUUACAUUUUUUAAAAAAUACAAAUAUUGGAAAUGUAUGAUAAAACCAUUCACAAAAAUGACAUGUAACUUGAAGUUAUGCAUAGAUUCACAAAUCCCACAAAAAAAUUGUCUUCAUGCACAGAAUUUGCUUGUUCGCUAUCAAAAAUUUGUCAGGAUCAGUAGGGUAAAUGAUUUAGAAUGGGAGCCUCAGUAUGUUCACUAUUUUUAGCCGUGUUAUGACGUCACAUAACAUCUGCAUGUUCACAUAUGGAAUAAUUGGAUGCAUGUCUUAUCACAUAAUUACACACAUUUCAUUGUGCUCUUCUUGUGCAAUGUACAUUUCAAACACGCUGUGAAUACAGUCACCUUUAAAUCUGCACCUAUAUUUUUCAUGAUGGAUGUUGGUGAUGGCUAUAGUGCAUCUUUAUUCACGCACUUAAAGAAUAACACUUCACUGUAUCUUAAUUGCCUAAUUCACUAUUAUAAUGUUUAUUGGGGCACACAUAUGCAUACAGAGGCUCAAACCAUUAUUGAUAUUACUCAGUUUGAUGCAUGCUGUCCUUACCAACUUAUGCUUAUAAAGAUAGAUGGAAACUUUUACACUGAAAUAUUUUAAUCCAUAUGUUCGUUGUUUUCUCAUUAUCUUAUUCUGUCCUCAAGCUUUUGCCAAUCUCAUGUUAUAAAACGAAUGUUGAGUGACCGUUAAGGUCAGAAGGUUUAUGUAUAAAGUAUGCCAUUGUAGGUUUUAUUCAAUCUAAACCCUUCUCAGAAGCUGGCAAAUGACUGAUCUAGCACAGAGAAAGAUAGAAAAAAAGGCUUAUUUUUGGCCAUGUUACUGAAAUCUGAUCACUGCGUGAAGCCUCAUGAAAUAUUUGAUAUAAUGAUCCCAAAAGUCAUCCAAGUAAAAAAUUUAACGCUUACGCUGUCAGCACGGACAACAUUUGUGAAUGAUUUUGAUCAGCCUGAAAAAAGAGAUUCAGGAUGAUUUAUCUAUAUUUAUUUAUUGAUCUACGUGACUGAUCCUGAUAUUUCACUUUAAUUGUAAACAUAAGGACUGAAUAUAAAAUUCACAAAUAGAAGUUGAAAAAAAAAUGUGGGUGAGUGUUAAACCUACGAUAUUCCAAAUGUAAUGUUUUUUUGUUGAGGAGUUUGUUAAAAUUGUAAAGCAAGCAUUGGGAAUUUCGGAUUGAACAGUUUUGUAACAUGCAGUCAUUGCAUAAUUUCCAUAUGUGGAAUUACAGUCAUCCAUGAUGAUUAUGAUGAUGUCAAACCUAAAGACUAACGGAUGAAUUGGUCUUAGCACUAGAGAUGAUGCUCAGUGUUGCAUCUCUUGCUUUGUUCCAACUGAAUCCUGUUUCAACCCGAUUAGUAGCUUAUUGACUGACGUUUGUGUAUGGUAUAAUGUAAACACCAUCUGUCGUUCUAUUGAAAAUACUGUCUUGUUUCAUGUUGGGGGAAAAAAUUGUGGGGAAUAUUGUUUUGGUUGUACUGUAUGUGAAGAAUGAGGUGUUUUCUCUGAUCAUCAGUCAGGCAUGAAGGUAAGAGUUAAAUGAUUCCAAUAGGACUGUCACAUGCUUCACUGUAUGACAUUUUGUUGAGUGUUUUGACCUCUGUCUAAGUUUGCAUAUUUUUCCAAAUAUCACAAAGUGCAGCAAAAUCUGGACUGGACCUGAUUCUUACCUAUCGUAAUUUUUCAUUUCAUCACACUUUUUAUGAAGCAUACUUUUCCUCCUUGCCAGUUAUAAACUCCACUCUGUUUAUUUAUAUCCUUCAUCAUCUGAAUAUUUGAAAAGGGUCAAACAGAGCCAGAGUGCUCUUUUUGCUGCAGGUAAAGCUCCGCUCCUUUAUUUACUUACUCAACAAUUUAUUUAUUUAUUUGUUUGGCUAAACCUUUUGUGAGAUGAGGGGGAAGGCCCCCAGAGAUCAUGACCUAAAGCAGUUGAGCUUGCACAUGAGUGACCACAUGAAGUUAAGUGCCUGCUUGACUGGCAUUGCGUGACUAUUUUUUUAUUCACUUGUAAUUUACCGUUCGCUUUUUGUGGUCACAGACUAUUUUUUGCUUCAAUUCUUUCCACUUAUUUUAUUCUAUUUAUUUAUAUAGUGCCCCAGUAAAGAAUCCAUACUUGAUAAAUAGAUGCCUGUAAAGAAACUUUAACAUCCAUGGAAACUUUCCACAGCAUAAAAGUUUAAUUAUGUUGGAAAAAAGAAUUUUGAUUAUUAAAAUGCUCUUCACAAAAUGGUUCUUUAGUGGAACUGUUCACUGAAAAUGGUUCGUCUGUGGCAUCAAUUUGGAAACUUUUUUUUUUUAACCUUUAUUUUUGUCAUUCUUCUCAUCUUUAUUUGGCGUAUUUCAUCUUAACUGCUCUUAACCUCGAUCUCCUCUCCCUUUCUUCUUAUUUCACGAUCCUCUGUUGAUUUGGUUUCUCAAUCCCAUUAAGGUUUUCAAUUGGAUUGCAGCACAGCCCCUCAUAGCCGACUGGCUGAGCCUCUAAAGCCAGCUUUGUUUUAAGCGCUCUGCUGAGGGAACUGAAUACACACAACACGCUUACAGAGCAGCGAGAUAGAAACACAACAGAAAGGAUGUAUUCCAGUUGUCGAUUAUGUGAAGAUCGCCUGAGGAAACACUCUGUAUAGGCAGAUGGAAGUGCACAGUCUGUGUCCUACUGCUGUUUGCCCUCAUUUCAUAAUCUUCUCAUCCUAAUGCAAAUUCCACAAUAAUUGAAGAGCAUAAACGUUAUUCGUGGUUUGUUUUUUCCCCCGCCAUUCUAAUUUUUGGACUAAUUUUCAUCUUUUUGACUGUACAACCAUAGCUGGUAUUUGUGCUAGAGCAGAUGGGGAGGAAUAAGAGUAUUUGGGUAUUAGGGUUAAAUGAUCUCCCUCUCCACCAGCCAUCCACAGCCUCUACAGAAACUACCUCUAUUGUCUUUAAUAUUAUUGUCUGUCUGAACUAUUUCACUGUAGAAAUGAUUUGCAAAUGGCAAAAAGAAAACAAUUAGACUAAAUAACAACUUUUGUUUGUUUUUCAGAUUCAUAAGGUUUAGUUAAUGUCCCUCGAUCAGUACACUAUAAGACACUUACUAAUGCGCCAUCUGCUGUUUAUAGAGGAAAUAAGUAGUUAUGAAUUUUAUUAUUCAAUUUUAUUUUUAGCUAUUUAACAAAAUAUUAAUUAACUAAAUUUAUAUACACAUUAUUUGAAUUAUUAUUUGUUAAUUGAAUUAAAGAAAUGCCUGAAAGAAAACGUAUUCUAUGUCAGGACAGAGCCGGAUGAGAUUGUUAAUUAGAAAUAUUUAGCAAAUAAUUAUGUGAUUUGAAAAUAGAGAAAAGUUGUGUAGGGU